UAGUGGUACUAGUGGUUUAGGGUCUAUUGCACCUGAUAUGGGGGAUGAUGAUGAUGAGGAUAUGUAUAGGGUUGAUGAUUCUGAUGAAGAAAGGAUGCAACAUGCAAUUGAUUCAGAUGGGGAGUUGGAGGAAGUUGGUAUAGAAUUCAACCCAAGCACGGAUAUGAAGAAAUCCAAUUUCUGUUUAAAGAUGCAGUUUGCAACUGUACAGAUUUUGAGGGAUGCAUUGAGGGAGAAGGCAAUCCAAGGGGGGUGGGAGUAUGUCUACAUAAAGAAUGAUAAGACAAGGUUGAGGGUGGUCUGUAAGGAAAACAACUGUCCUUUUGAGUUGUUUGCUUCCAAGAUGCAGCAUGAAAGCACCUUGAUGAUAAAGAGGUACAAUCCCAUGCAUAACUGCUAUAGGAAGUUUAACAACAGCAUGGUGCGGCAGAAAUACUUAACAACCAAGUUCAAGGAUCAAAUUGCUCUUAAUGAAGCCAUAAAACCAGAGAAUUUGGCUAAGACUAUGUCAGCAAGCAUUAGGGCAGGUGUUUCCAAAAGUAUGGUCUAUAGAGCAAAGAGAGCUGCAUUGUUAGAGGUAGAAGAAGGGGGCAUCAAGGAGCAGUAUGCAAGGCUGGCUGAUUAUGGGAAGGAACUUCAAAGGGCUGAUCCAGAAACCACAAUUGACUUGGUUUGUGACUUCAGCAACUCCGAGAAGGCAGCUGUUUUCAAGAGGUUGUACAUUUGCUUGGGAGCUUGGAAGAAUGGAUUCAAGGCAGGUUGCAGAUCUUUGAUUGGUUUGGAUGGAGCUCAUUUGAAGACAUGUUUUGGUGGCCAACUGCUAACUGCUGUCGGAAUUGAUGCUAACAACACUUCAUGGGUUGUUGCUUAUGCAAUGGUUGAGCUGGAGACAAAGGACUCUUGGAUUUGGUUUUUACAGUUGUUGUGCAAGGAUCUGAGCUGUGAGAAUAAUGGUAGAGGCUGGAUAUUCAUAAGUGAUAAGCAAAAAGGUUUGAAACAUGCAUUACAAGAGCUGGUUCCAUCUGCACAGAUCAGGUUUUGUGCAAGACAUUUGUGGACUAACUUCACCAAGAAGUUUCCUGGAAAAGUUAUGAAAGAUCAGAUGUGGAAGUGUGCAAAGGCAACAACUUUGCCUUAUUUUCAGAAGGAGAUGGAGGAGAUGAAGACCCUUGAUAAGGAUGCUUAUAAAUGGUUGUCAGAGCCCGAGAGGCCCCCAAAACAUUGGUCAAGGGCAUACUUCCCUGCUGGUUAUGAUUGUGACAUGCUCAUCAACAAUGGUUGUGAGAGUUUCAAUGCAUUGAUCUUGGACGCAAGGGGCAAGCCCCCUGUCACUAUGUUGGAAGAGAUAAGGCUGAAGCUAAUGAGGAGGAUUCGUACUCGAAGGGAUAAAAUGGAGGCUUACCAUGGAAAUGUAUGCCCCAAAGCAAGGAAUAUCAUUGAGAAGAAUAAGGUGAAAGCUGCGGAGGAUUGCAUCCCAACAUUCAAUGGUGGUGGCAAAGCUGAGAUUGAGAAUAUUGAAGGCACCAAAAAUGUUGUGGACACUAACUUGAGGACUUGCACUUGCCGAAGAUGGGACUUAACCGGCAUCCCUUGCAAACAUGCCAUUUGUGCAAUUAAUGGCAUGAGGGCUGAACCCGAUGACUACAUUGCUCCUUGCUAUCUCAAGAAGACGUACAUGAGUAUCUACAGUCACCUCAUUCAGCCAGUUAAUAGCAUGGACAUGUGGUCCAAUGGUGAUGGUCCAAGUAUCCUACCUCCACAAUAUACAAGGCAGCCUGGUAAGCCGAAGACAAAAAGGAUUAAGGAUGUUUUAGAGGUGGUCAUCAAUGGUACUGGAAAAAUUGGAAGAAUACAAAGAUCCCUCAAGUGUAGCAACUGUGGCCAAGAAGGUCACAAUAUGAAAACCUGUCAAAGACAUUUGCCAAGUAAGGGAAAGAAGACUUCAGCUGCCGGUAUUAAGAAGAGGAAGCUCAACACUAAUGAGGGAGAAACUUCCCAAAAUAUGGUGAGUUGAGGAACGCCUCCAAACAGACCUGCAAGAGGAACGCCUCCAAAAUCUAGUAGUGAAAAUACAAGACCAAGGCCUCCAACUGCCCCAAAUGCCUCUACAACAUCAAG